AUACUUCACGCCAUCGAAACUCAACCAGAAGUAACAAGAGAAGUUGACUCCACCGCUAAGGUGACGUCAUCAUUCUAUGACCCCUCGAAGGUCAAGCCAAUUAAAGCACGAUCUGCGCGCAUGUGCAGUACAGGUUGGUGCCGUUUUAUGUGUGGUGUUCAUUGUAGAUGGAAGGUGGUAUUAUGAGAGAAACUUGUUUGCGAAUUGAAUCUUUCUACUUUGAUACCAACAAAGUGGGAAUGAAUUUGUGAAUAGACACCACCUAUCGCUGCUUUCUCUUCAAAACGUCUGCCCAUCUCGUUACAAAUAUUGUUUUUUUCAUUCGACAAAGUUGAGAGGAAGGUUUUUAUAAAGAAAGUCGUAGGGUCGCUGUCACUGACGUAUUUACCACUUUUCACUGGUUUUUCUUGGGGUAUAUCUAAAAAGUCAAUGAGGGUUUAUAUUGCUCUCCUUUAUGUCUGAUGAUCAUUUUUAACUUGGAGUUCAUCGUCUUCACUCAAUGCUGAGAGAAUAUAUGGUCUCUUAUAUAUCCUAUCUCUCCUAACUAGCGAAAGUAAAAAGUCAGGAUUAGCGAGUCGAUUUAUUGUUCAGGAUGGCUCUCUUAAACUCGGCUUAUUCACUCCAGCAGGGGUUCUACGCCGCCGGGGUCUUCCCGGCGCCACUCUCCAACUAUUCGGGCUUUUCUUUAGUCGGGCUAAGAAUGCAGCCACCGUUUGGAGCUCUAUCCUCGACUACAAUGGGCCAGCUUACGACUUUCCCCGGAGGAUCAGCGGCAACGAUCGCUGCUGCUGCCUCGUUCAGCAUGGAGAACCUACGCGUGGCGCAAGGUUUGAGACCAUUACCUAGCAGUGGUGCUGUCUCUCCGGGCAGCCUUGGCGAUAAAAGACCCGGUGUUACCGACUUCAGCAUAGAAGGUAUCUUGGGUAAGAAGGACGGGGAUUCGUCGAGCCGUCUAGAAAGUAUCAGAGCCAAGCAUAAACUAACAUUACACAACAAAAAUGGAGUCUCUUUUCAAGAGAAACGUUUCCAUUCACCACGAGAAUGCAUUGAUGAUAGUCAAGAAGCGACGUCACCCAAACUGAUUGAUGAUGAUGAAGGAGGUUGUCAAGACUCAAAGACAGAUAAUGAUUCUUCAGAUAACCCAAUGACAAGGUUUUCAUGGCUUCAAUGUACAAGAUAUAAACCACCGAGACUUCCACGUACAAAGAGAAAGGACGGUGCGAAGAAACGUAAACUGGGCCGUAACCCUCGCGUACCUUUCUCACCAACACAAGUAGCUACGCUGGAACAGAAAUUUCGCUGUACACACUAUCUGAGCAGUAUUGAUGUUGCUGAACUGUCAGCUGCCCUUAACCUCUCCGAGAAUCGGGUCAAGAUUUGGUUUCAAAAUCGGCGAGCACGUGAGCGACGUGAUAAAGAAGGUAUCGAUCAAAAACUACCGUCAUCAUCGACAUCAAAUCUCCUACCUCCAUCUCCCGCUUCACUCUCUCAUUCUCCUCACACACCCAUCAGUCCCCUUUCGUCAUCGUCGCCAUCCUCGUCUUCAUCCACCUCAUCAAUGAUCGCGAUAUCGCCAUUUGCUUCUCCACCUUCGACGUCAAUGACUACGGGGAUGAUGCCUCGUUUAUCGUCACCGCGAUCAUCAAUCGAUGCUGCAUCUCCAUCAAAUUUCUCUCAUGUUUCGUCAUCGCCCAUGUCAUCGACGUCGCAUCAUAGCGGGAUGAUGACGGAGAAUUCUCAGAUUUCGUUGUGUCAACCACCGCUCCAUCACCUCUCUGUUUCCUCGGCUGAUCAAGGCACGGCAUCUGCGUUCACUCCUGUAUCUCCCUACUUGAAAUAGCAAAAUGAUUUUUCAUCUUACUUAACUUCGAUUCUUGCCCUUUUAUCACCUCUUUAAAUAAACUUAAGAUAUAUUUAUUUGCAUGGACAUGAAUAUUAAGAGUUUAAAAGAAAAAGCAUAAAAAUUAUUAAUUCAAACUGUUUUAAGGAGUUUUCCGGGGAUGGAAAUGUUAAAAUUGCGUUAAUUUAGUCGAGUAUUAUUUUGGAGCUGGUAGUGAAAGCGGAUGCAGUUUCGUUUUAUUUUAUUUUUUUUAUAUUUCAGCUGAGAUAAGGUUUUUGACAAUGAAUUAUGAGCUACAUAUAGCUUAUGCUUAUAAUAAUCACCAUUUUAAACGGAAUGAUGUUGUUCUCUGGAGAAUUCAUGUGAAAGAAAUAAACGAACUCAAAAUCCACUGUAACCCAUUUCUAUUUUCAUGCCAAAUGAAUAUCAUUUUCAUAUGGAUGUAGGAUGAAUAUUGGUACUUUAAUUUACACUUUAUGAUUAAUUUUAUGCCAGUCAGGGAAAAAUAAUCAAUAAUACUCUUGGCUCUUCACCAGGCUUGCCAUGUAUUAUAUAAUUAUAUAUUUUUGCCUUUUCCAAUCUAAAAUACUGAGCACAUCUAAGACCAAAUUAGGUCCAUGGCAGGACUCUCUGUUCUGACUUUAUGAACAUGCAUGCCAGCAUGGUCCUGGGAUUGGGGUGCUGCUUGUAUUACUCUCAGCACCCCUGGCCUGGAUUUCUGAAAGGUGUGGAAAAUGGAGAAGUGUAACCAAAAAGACCUUCAUUUUGUAGUGGAUUUUUUUUUUGGGGGGGGGGGGCUUUUCAAAUUAACUUCAGCACCCCCAGUAAAAAAAAUCGUUCCCAGGGUAUUGUGCCUGCCAGGGAUUGAGCCUAAGACCGUCCGUCCAUGAGCAUGGGGAGGCGGGUGCUCAAUCAAUUGAGCCAACAUGGCGGUGGAAAAAAAAUCUCUGGAGGUUGUUAGAAUAUGACAGAACAAUCUAAUUUGAAUUCAGCAUCACGAAGAGCAAUAACUUGGAAGUUUGUGAGCGACAGUCAAAAUUAGGAGAAAUUAAAAUUAUGAAGGGUGCUUUGAACUCAAUUUGUGGCCGUUUAUGAAUGUGCGUUUUCAAAGUUUAUUUGUUUACUGAUACCGUGUGAACUAUAUUUUGCGUGUUGUCUCUUUAUUAUUCACACUCACUGUGUAAAUAAAACAAUGUAAAUAGGAAAUGUAUUAUAAACAAAAUACAAUAUAUUAUGUAAUAAUUUCGUUGCGUUCUGUGUUAAUUUAAGAAAAUGUGACAGUGACAUUAAAGAUAGGUAAAAUACAAUUUUCCAAGGGGACGUGCAAAUAGUCGCAAACAGUCCCAUUUUCUCCCCAUAAGUCUGGUGGUUGAAAAAUCACAACCCUUGUUUGGUUUUUAAAUCAGCAAUUAAGUUAGCAAUAUUUGAAGAAAGUUGUCUCUUAAAAAUAAAUAAGAUAACAGAGUUAGCUGCAGGGCAACUAUCACGGUAUGUAAAUAUUUGACUAUUUUCUAAUCGUAUUUGAUUACAACACAGUCAUGUCUGACUAAAAUAUCCUGGCUACAUUAUCUCAUUUGACUAGUCAUUCAGACCAUUUAUUUAUUUAGUUAGUUUUUAAAGAUGCGUUUACCAAGACCACUCACAUUAUAUCACGUUUUGUCGUCACGAUUCCGCCCAAAUAAUUCUUAAAAAUAUGCUUAUUAUAUACAAUUGUGGAAAUGCUUAACCUUUUUUAGAGUAAAAAUUGAAUCCUUAAGUUCUUAUCUUCUUGCUGAUUAAUUUUCCAGAAAAUAUAUCCAUUUUCAUAUGCGUAUUGUUAUUCUGUAAAACGACACCUUUUUAAAAUCAUACCUGCGAUCUCCUUAACUUUCAUAACUUCAAUCAUUCCGCUGUCCUAAAAACAUUUAAAAAAUUUGCUUCUCCGUUCUCAGUAUACGUCGAUAUAAUUAUUUUAUUUUUUAACAUCUCCAACAUGACCUUUUAUCAUUCGCUUAGAUGGAUUAACUCUUAAAUUUUAUACCGAAAAUUUCAACAUUUCUCUUCUAUUCAGACUAGUGAUGGAAUUUACUUCAAUUUAUUUUUUCUUAAAGAAUGCAGUGGCAAAAUGCCUAUCGAUAUUUCUUUUCGUACAUGUAUUCCUCAUUAUGUAAGCUAUAUUACAAUAUUCUGCAUAUGUGUUGUGCACAAUAAAGCAGUGAAAAUAAAAGUUUGACUUGUCCAAAAGAAAAAUGA